UGCCCCCAAUGGUAGUAGAGAACCCUUGAGGACUUUACACAAGCCAUGGAGUGGGCGGGGCCCCGUCGGGAAAAGAAUCCUUUAGGUUGGGCUGACAGGCGGGUCGCUGGCUGAGAAUCCAUGUGGCGGGGGCUUUGGAUCCUGGUAGCCCGGGCGGCACGUGGGCCUUGCAGACCGUGCACGCGUCAGGGCAGUGGUGCCCCAGCUCCCGGAUCCGGGGCUACCAUUUUUGCGCUGAGCUCUGGCCAAGGUCGCUGUGGCAUCGCUGUGAUCCGGACCAGUGGCCCUGCCAGCGGUCACGCCCUCCGGAGUUUAACGGUGCCCUGGGACUUGCCUCCUGCUCGCAGGGCCUGCCUGCGUCUGCUCACCGACCCCUGCUCUGGGGAGCCCCUGGACCGCGCCUUAGUGCUCUGGUUUCCAGGUCCCCAAAGUUUCACGGGUGAGGACUGUGCGGAGUUCCACGUGCAUGGAGGCCCAGCAGUGGUGAGUGGCGUCCUGCAGGCCCUGGGCAGGGUGCCAGGGCUGCGGCCUGCGGAGGCGGGUGAGUUCACCAGGCGGGCCUUUGCCCACGGGAAGCUGAGCCUGACUGAGGUGGAGGGGCUGGCAGAUCUGAUCCAUGCGGAAACCGAGGUGCAGCGACGGCAGGCCCUGCGGCAGCUGGACGGGGAGCUAGGUGACCUCUGCCGUGGCUGGGCGGAGACCCUCACUAAGGCUCUGGCCCAUGUGGAGGCCUAUAUCGACUUCGGAGAGGAUGACAACCUGGAGGACAGUGUCUUGGAGCAAGCUGACAGCCAAGUGCAGGGGCUGGAGGUGGCACUGAACGCACAUCUUCAUGAUGCCAGGCGCGGGCAGAGGCUCCGCUUAGGGGCACACGUGGUGGUCACAGGACCCCCCAACGCGGGCAAGAGCAGCUUAGUCAACUUGCUCAGCCGGAAACCUGUGUCCAUCGUGUCCCCGGAACCAGGGACCACCCGUGAUGUGCUAGAGACCCCUGUGGACCUGGCCGGGUUCCCAGUGCUCCUGAGUGACACAGCAGGGUUGCGGGAGGGCCAGGGGCCCGUGGAGCAGGAGGGUGUGCGGCGUGCCCGUGAGAGGCUGGAGCAGGCUGACCUCAUUUUGGCCGUGCUGGACGCCUCUGACCUGGCCUCUCCAUCUAGCUGCAACUUCCUGGACACGGUUGUCACCCCCGCGAUAGCUCAGAGCCAUAAUGGAAACAGCCAGCGCCUCUUGCUGGUGCUGAAUAAGUCGGACCUGCUACUUGCUGGGGACCCAGGCCUUAGACCUGAACUGUCCCCUCACCUGCUUAUGUCCUGCCUGACUGGGGAGGGGCUGGACGGCCUCCUGGAGGCACUGAGGAAGGAGCUGACUGCAGUGUGUGGGGAUCCAUCCACAGGCCCACCACUUCUGACGAGGGCGAGGCACAAGCAUCACCUCCAGAGCUGCCUGGAAGCCCUUGGCCACUACAAGCAAGCUAAAGAUGUCGCCCUGGCGGCCGAGGCACUGCGGAUCGCCCGGGGGCACCUGGCCUGCCUCACCAGUGGAGGGGGCACUGAAGAGAUCCUAGACAUCAUCUUCCGGGACUUCUGCGUGGGCAAGUGAGGGGCCAGUGUGGACGGAUGCCCAGAAGUCUUGAGACAUCUGGUAAUAUCUUAGGCCAAGUGAGAUUCUCAUUUCCUAGGGAAGAACUUGACUGCAAAACAGUGAGUGAGCUACCUGUUGCUGGUGGUGACCCAGCUCUAGCUGGGCCAUAUUCCCUCACAGGGACUUGCUGGGGGUUCAGGCCCUGGAGUGAGGCUUUGGGCACCUAAGGCUGGAGGAGCAGCCGUGAAAGGUUGAGGGAGUGGGUACGAGGGUCGCAGGGAUCUUUGUUUUAUAGUUUUUUUAAAAUAUAUUUUAUUGAUUAUGCCAUUACAGUUGUUCUAUUCCCCCCUUCAUUCCCCUCCACACUGCACACCCCCUUCUCCACCAUUUCCCCCCUUUAGUUUAUGACCACGUGUCUCAAGUUCUUUAGAUUCUAUAUUUCCCAUACUAUUCUUGCCCUCCCCCCAUCUAUUUUCUACCUACCGUCUAUGCUGCUUAUUUUCUGUACCUUCUCCCCCCUUCUCCUCCUCCCACUCCCCUGUUGCUAACCCUCCAUGUGAUCUUCAUUUCUAUGGUUCUGCCCCUGAUCUAGCUGUCCUCUUAACUUGCUUUUGUUUUAGGUGUGGUUGUUAAUAACUUGGUUGUAGGUGAGUUUGCUGUCCUUUCACUGUUCAUCUUUUUUAUCUUCUUUUUCUUAGGUAAGUCCCUUUAACAUUUCAUAUAAUAAGGGCUUGGUGAUGAUGAGCUCCUUGAAUUUGAUCUUAUCUGAGAAGCACUUUAUCUGUGCUUCUUGACUGUAAGGUCUCUUUUGAGAAAUCUGCUGACAGUCUUAUGGGAACUCCUUUGUAGGUGACUGUCCUCUUAUCUCUUGCUGCUUCUAGGAUUCUCUCCUUCAUUUUAAUCUUGGCUAAUGUAAUGAUGAUGUGCCUUGGUGUGUUCCUUCUUGGGUCCAACUUCUUUGGGACUCUCUGAGCUUCCUGGAUUUCCUGGAAGUCCAUUGCCUUUGCCAGAUUGGGGAAGUUCUCCUUUAUUAUUUGUUCAAAUAAGGUUUCCACUCAUGGCUGUUCCUCUUCCCCUUCUGGUACCCCUAUAAUUCAGAUGUUGGAACAUUUAAAGAUGUUCUGAAGGUUCCUAAGCCUCUCCUCCUUUUUUUUGAAUUCUUGUUUCUUCAUCCUUUUCUGUUUGGUCAAUUUUUUCCUCCUUCUGGUCCACUCCUUUGAUUUGAGUCCCAGUUUCCUUCCCAUUACUAUUGGUUUCCUGUGCAUUUCCCUUCAUUUCAAUUAGUUUAGCCUUCAUAUGUUCCUCUAAUUUGUGACUAAAAUCAACCAGUUCUGUGAGCAUCCUGAUCACCAGUGUUUUGAACUGUGCAUCUGAAAGUUUGGCUAUUUCUUCAUUGUUUAGAUUUAUCGGCUCUGGGGCUCUGAGUUGUUCUUGAGCCAUGGUUUGAUCUGUUUGUGCCUGUUACGUAUGAGGAGCGGAGCCUUAGGUGUUCACCAGGGCGGGGCUACCCAGGUCGCUGGUUUGUGAUGCUGUAUGUGGGGGUGGGGUUAGAGAGGGACAGUGGUGGUCCCCUCUGCCGCUUCCUACCACUGGGGCCUGCGAAGCCCGUCUCACUGCUCGCUCCUUCACCGGUUUAUGUGCGUGCAAAUGUGUGACUCUGGUCAGCCCUCAGUGGGUCCACUGCCUUGCGCCCUCAGUGGGUCCGCCCACUACUCCACACCUGGGAUCCACCCACAGCUGCUGGCGCACCUGGGUCGCUCGCCUGGGUCGGUCCGGUGGAUCUUUCCUGCCUGACCCUGCUCUGCUGCUGGCUCUGCCCCUCUUACUGGUUUGGCUGAAGGAUUUGUUGUUGUCAGACUUCCGUAUAGUUCAAUUUUCUGUGGUUUGGCUGCAUUUUUGCUGCUAAAACUUGUUGUUUUUAAACUUGGUUGUGCGAGAAGGCACAGUGCUUCCACCUACACCUCCAUCUUGGCAGAAGUCCCUGUUUUAUGGUUUUUAUUUUAUUUUUUAAAUACCAAAGGAAAAAAAUUCAGGUGAUCCAGAAAUGUUGAAAUAUGGAGCUCCUCCGCCUCCUGCCCCCCACUGCCACUGGUGUCGCAGCAUAACUUGUGUCCUUCUAGAACUCUCUCUGUUUGCAUACUUGGGGAUGCACCUGUUUUAUCUUGUAUUUUAUACAUACAUUGAGUUAUUUAUUGCUCUGCAACCUGUCGUUCCUUUUGUAGUGUUAGCCUUGAAACUUUGUCUCUUGUAUCUUAAAAGUGACUGACAAAAUCCUGGGGGCCCUACUCCCUUUCCAAGCUUAGUCUGCACCGAUGCACUCAUUCAUUCAUUUACUAACUUAGUGAAUAUUUAUCGAGCGCUUGCCACAGUCUAGAAUGGUACACAUCAUUUCACUGGUUCUUCAUACCGGUGGAACGUGGCAGGCAGUUCUAAAGGUGAGGGAACACACUCAGAGUGGUAGCUGGUCACCAGAGGUCCCCAGCUUUGGUCCUUGCACAUAGGUCUUUCAACUCGAACUUGAGUCCACUGUGUACCUUCUGUGCAGUAGGCCAAGUGCAGGAUGCUGGGAACAUGGGCAGAAACAUGCAGGCAUUACCGCUCUCCUUGUUAGAGACAAAGCUCCUCCAGUGAGGUCUGAUGUCUGCUGUGUGAACUGAAAAUGAGGGGACAUGACCUGGUUAGGGACAUGUGGGCUGGAUGCCCUGCAGAGCAGAGGUGGCCUAGGCACUGACAUCUGAAUGGCGAAAAGGAAACCAGAGGGAGGAAGCUUGUGAGAGCGUCUCAGGCAACGGGCACAGCAUGUGCAAAGGUCCUGAGGUAGAACGUCACCACGUGUUCAAGGAACAGUGAGGUCACCUGUGUGGCUGCAGCAGAGCGAGUGAGGGGAAGAGAGGAAGGUGAGUUCCAGUGAGGCCUUUGAUUGAGAUGGGGGGACUGCUAUGUUGAGGAUGAACCAGCAGAGGGCGCCUUGCUCUAACAAAGCGGGUGCAGAGCUGCAGCCCCUUAAGGUUGUGAGAAUCCAGGCUGCCAUACCCACCCGCCUGAUGGCUUAUGAGUAGUCAAUUCCCCUUUCCAGAGGUGGAAACUGAGUCUCAAAUAGAGUCAGGAUCAGCCUCCAGUGCUUGAUGAUACAAGCUCUUAGAUUCCAGGGGACAUGUGAUUGGAGGCUGGGAGGUGUCCAGGGCCCUAUGGGAGGGUCUUCAGGAGGCUCCAACCAUCCAGCUAAAGGGGACACACCCUGACCCCAAGUCUCUGUAGACUUCAUUGCAGUGUGUCGCUAUUUGUUGAUCCUUUGCUUAUUCAGCAGCUGGGAUUGCCCCCCAAAGGAGGGCUCGUGGAUGGAAAGGGUUACUCAGGGAGCUGAGUGCAUUCUGCAGAAAAGAAUUGAUGCCCGGAGAGAAAAGCAAUAAUGUGGGUCUGGGCGGGGGGUGUCCAUGUGUCACGGCAUGGGCCUUCUGCGGGGCUCCCAGGAGGGGCGAGCAGCAUCCAGGUGGGGAGGGAGAUGCUCAUGGGACAGGAUGCCUGGGCCCCCUGCCCGCCUUCCCCUAGGCGCUGGCACACGGCUGGACCGAGGUCCUUGGCUACGGUCCCUUUUUUCCAAGAAGGGCGAGGUGAUUUGUGGGAAGCAGCCGUGGGGGUUAUUUAUAGAGGUCACAGGAAAUCCCCGAAGAGUCAGAACGUCACCCGGCAGCUGGACCACAGGGUCACAGAGGGGGUCUGCCAAUUGCUCCUAACUGGUACUCAGGCCCUGCCCUCUCCCUGGAGAGCCACCAAGCCUGGGUGAAUCGGAGCUACAGGAUCAGGACCAGAAGGCGUGAGGGAUGGCGGGAUGGGGCUGGGCAGACCCAAGGACAGUCAGGGCUAUGCUUAGGACAUCCAGGAGGGCUGCCUGAAGGUGGGAUCUCUGGGGCCAGGCCUUGGAGGAAAAAGAAUUUGUCAGGUAAGAAAAGGCAUUCUAGUCUGAGGGCAUAGCACAAGUUACAAUUAACAGUCAGUCUGGCCCUGGCUGGUGUGUCUCGGUGGAUUGAGUGCCGGCCUGUGAACCAAAAAGUCACCCUGUUCGAUUCCCAGUCACGGCAUGUGCCUGCGUUGUGGGCCAGGUCUGCAGCUGGGGCGUGCGAGAGGCAACUGAUGGAUGUAUCUCCCAUACAGUGAUGUUUUUCUCCCUCUCUUUCUCCCUCCCUUCUCCUCUCUCUAAAAGUAAAUAAAUACAGUCUUUUUAAAAAAUCAGCCCUGGCUGGUGUGGCUCAGUAGAUUAAAUGCCAACCCAUGAACCAAAAACUUGCCAGUUCAAUUCCCGGUCAGGGAAUUGAACCCACACACCUGGGUUGCGGCCCAGGUCCCCAGUUAGGAGUGUGCAAGAGGUAACCGGUCAGUGUACCUCUUGUGUAUCGAUGUUUCUCUCCUUCUCUGUCCCUCUCUCUAAAAAUAAAUAAGUAAAAUGAAAAAAAUUAAAAAAUCAAUGAACUUAUCCUUGGGUGAGUAUUUUAAAAAGUCAGUGACUCUAGUCAGAGAAAUAAACAUCCAGAACAGCCGGAGCUGGGUUUAUUGUUAAUGGGGCGAGGGGGGGGGGGUACCACAGAGAUGAGGAACUGGACUUAGUGCCCAGGGUAGUAGGGAGCUAUGUGAGCAGAGGGCUGAGGUCAGAUCUUGCGAUGGGAAGUCCCUCUGGACCAGCACGGGUACUAUAGCAGACGCAGAGGCUGAGGUCUGGGUGUUGGGGGACCGGAUGGGGGCUGGUUGCAGGGAGGACAUUCUGGGAUGCUCUGGAUGGGAGACACCAGCCAAGAGUAAGAGACCUGUGCCCAUGUGUCCAGAGAGUUCAGAACGAUUACGUCACACUCAUUUCUCAGAUGAGAAAAUGGAGGCUGCGAUGGACUGAGUCAAGAUGUGAAUCCCAGAUAUCUGCCUCCAGACCCAAACUCUGGCGUCUUAAGUUUGCCGGGACUGGUUUGUGUCAGCAGGCCAGGACUUCAGGCUGCCCAGGCAGUAGGCUCAGGGUCACAGGGAUGUCCCCACUUCCUUGGGGCCUCCAGACUGGUCUGUCUGGGCGCCUGCCCUGGCUAACCCCCCUGCCCUGACUUGGCGGGGCCCCAGCCGAGCGUUUCCUGCAGCAGCUGUCUGUCACCCGCACUUCCGCAUCCAGGAAGUAUCGCUCCUUUGUCCCUCCAGACUUGCCUGCCCCAAGCGUGAGUUGCCAGCCCCAGCUCCUCAUGACUCAUCCCCCUCCCUGCCCGGAGUUCCAGGGGACAGGGGACUGGGACGGACUGGGAGGGAAUCAAGGUCAGUUGGGGUGGGGGUAGGGGUACCAGCUGAGAUUCUAGAUGACGAUUUUUAGGUUGUUUACUCCAUUGGUGGCCGUUUGCUUUUUUUUCCCCUGGAGUUUUUGUUUUUCAGGGAUAAGGCACCAGGAAUGGGGGGACUGGGUCAAAGGGUUGGUACAUUUUUACUUUUUUUUUUUAAAUCCCCACCUGAGGACAUUUUUCAUUACUUUUAGAGAAAGAGGAAGAGAGAGAGA